GUGUCGCUAAACCUUUCUUUGUGGUGAUGGUGGAAGUGGUGGUGAAUGAAGAGGUCCUUCCAGAAGUACGCUGAUCUGCACGACUAACACUGGGUGGGUGGAAGGGAGCUCUGGCAAUAACUGUACGAACACCAAGUGCGCCUCUACCAAGCUAGCCAUUGAUCUAGCUCGGGCUGUAAGAAGAAGGCAGCUCGCGAGCCGGUAAAGUACAGUGUGGAUUUGUGCCCGCUCUUCUCUAGCUGGUGUCCUGAUAACAGCAGCGAUGAAAGUUCUGUUUCCCACUAGAAACAAAGCGAUCCCCCAUUACGGGCGCGGAUGCCGACGCAUAUACACAGUGGAAUUAGAGAAGGCACGCUGCCAAUUCGGCUCUUGGGGCAAUGCCUCCUGUCGGUGGUCCGGACGGUGCCUCGCUCGAUACCCCUAACAAUCGUAUUAUGGAGGCCUUUGGAUCGACCAGGUUUCCUGCGCCUUUACUGGCCACCGCCGCUAGGAUUAACACCACUAAGGGGAAGAUCAUGAGGUUCAGCAGACCCUUCACUAUUACGAAUAUCGAAAGGUUAGCCAAACAGGCAGUAAAAGCCGAUGGUGACGAGGCAGUUAAGAAAUUACUCACACCCAUUCGAAGCGUCAGUUAUCCCUUCUCUCUUUCUUUGUUUUACCUGUCUCCUUGGCUAACAAGCUUUCUAGACCUUCGCGGGUUUUGAGUACUUCCGCAAUAAUCGGGUCACCGGCCAGUGGAACAAGACGCUCCAGGAAAAUCAGCCUGGAAUGGGCACAUGUCGAACAAGCGACCGACAUGGCCAAUCUGCAGAAAUGGUGGUGGGUCUGGGCGCUGGACUUCUUCCAGGUCGUCGAGGAUAGAUCAGGUUCUGGGUCAUUAGGGCUCGGCGGAGUGACUCU